CGCUUUAUAGGCCUCUUUUAUGCUUCCUGUUUCCUUUUUGACCAAGAACCCGGCAAGAUGGGCCGCGUUCGCACCAAAACCGUGAAGAAGGCGGCUCGGGUCAUUAUUGAAAAAUACUACACGCGCCUGGGCAACGACUUCCACACGAACAAGCGUGUAUGUGAGGAGAUCGCCAUUAUUCCCAGCAAGAAGCUCCGCAACAAGAUCGCAGGCUAUGUCACCCAUCUGAUGAAGCGGAUUCAGAGAGGCCCGGUGAGAGGUAUCUCCAUCAAGCUGCAGGAGGAGGAGAGAGAGAGGAGAGAUAAUUAUGUUCCUGAGGUCUCAGCCCUAGAUCAGGAGAUCAUUGAAGUAGAUCCUGACACCAAGGAAAUGCUGAAGCUUUUGGACUUUGGCAGUUUGUCCAACCUGCAGGUCACUCAGCCUACUGUUGGGAUGAAUUUCAAAACACCACGUGGAGCCGUUUGAAUCUUUAUGUUGUAAUAUUUUCAAUAAACCUGGACUACA